UUACCAAUAAUUGAACUGGAAUCAAACCAAAGUUAACCCGCCUCCCGGUUCCUGCUCAGAUUCACGAGCCCCUUCCCCCAUCUUCUCGCGCACUCUCACGGGCCAGGACAAUGGAAAACGAAGAAGCACGCUCAACCUCAAACCAAGCCCUAGACUCAGCCCUCCACAAAAAGCACCUCUCGAUGCUCGAGCGCCUAUCCAACCGCGAACAAAUUCGCCUCGACAACUCACUCGCUCGCCGAUCCGACUCCGACUCCCACUCGAACUUGCCGUCGUCUUCUACCACCUUCCUCUCCCGCUUCUCCGACUCCAAGCGCUCCAUAGAGUCUCGAAUCGACCUGUCCCGAAUCGACCAUCCCACCGACCCGAGUCAAGUCAGAUCCCUCCUCGACAAUAUCUCUGCCUCCAUCUCUGACCUCGAGAAGCUCGUCGCCGAGAGCUCCUACCUUUUGCCUUCCUACGAGGUCCGUUCCUCACUCAAAACCAUUUCCGACCUCAAACAAGCCCUCGAGACGCUGAAUUCCGAGCUGAUCCCCAGAAAGAAAUUCACUUUCAAGAACAAAGCCGCCAAGAAAGAUCCGACCGCCGAACCCAACGAAACCACGCCCGAAAACCCUGAAUCUGUUUCAACUAAACACGGGAAUUUGAGUUUCCCGGUUAGGGAUUCCCCGGGCUUUAGAAACAGAAAGGGUGAUAUUUUGGUUAAGAAUUUCAAGGGUUCGGACAUUGGAGAAUUCACGGUUUCGGAUCUCGAUUCUUGCGAAGUGAGAUUGACUGGUUCCGUGAGAGCAUUAUUUAUCCAUAGGCUGAGCAAUUGUAAGGUCUAUGCUGGGCCGGUAACGGGUUCGGUUCUGAUUGAUGAAGCCGAUGGGUGUGUGUUCGUGAUGGCAUCGCAUCAAAUUCGUAUUCAUAAUGCGAAGGGUUGCGAUUUUUACUUGAGAGUGAGGAGUAGGCCGAUAAUUGAGGAUACUAGCGGCGUGAGGUUUGCGCCGUAUUGUUUGAACUAUGAGGGCGUUGAGGAGGAUCUGAAGGGUGCAAGUCUCGAUGAGGAGACAGGGAACUGGGCCAAUGUGGAUGAUUUCCGGUGGUUGCGUGCAGUGCAGUCGCCCAACUGGUCGGUUUUACCGGAGAACGAGAGGUUUGAGGUGGUUAACAUUUCAACUUUGGGAGGUGGAACUGACGGCAAUUAACUUUGUUUCGUCCUCUUGAUUUUAGCGACUGUUCGAAAGUUUCUAUCUAUUCUUUUUUGGUUAAGGAGCACGUUGAGCUAUUCAAAUUUGAGGGGUUCGAAGGAGUGAGCUGUGAAAAAGUCCUCCAUCCUUCAACUGAUUACAUAAAUUUGCUGCACAGAAAACGACAUAUAGGAUCUCUGCAGUGGUGUUUGUGUAAAAUUGAGGAGGUCGUUUGAUGAUGGAGCUUUAUUUCAACAGCAGGGGAUGGCUCUUAUACUAUUUGGGUAUGCCAUGGUUAAUCAUCUGGAGAUAUUGAGAUUAUUAGACUUUUCCAAGCGUACGAGAAGAUAGCAUGCUGAUAUGAUUUCUUGUAUCCUUGUAGUUGCACCCAUCUUCCAUUGCACAUUGUGUUAAUCUUACAGCUAACCUCGACUUAAGUGAUUUUGAUUAAGACAAUACAGCAAUCUUCUUAUUUCUUGUAGAAGGAAGUUUUGCUACAGUAAGGCUUAAAUAAAAUUUAGUGAAUAUCCAAAUUAGAGAUUUAUUGGAA